AUGACGGCGUUGGAGUCGUACGUGGCCACGCAGUCGUGGGCCUGUCCAUGGCUGUGCGGCGGAUCAAAGUGUGACUGCAGCGGAGAUAAAAGGAGGCAAGGCGAGAGGGGUUUCCCAGGACUACAGGGUCAGCCAGGCGUACCAGGGUUCCCCGGACCUGAGGGGCCAAUCGGAGGCAGGGGAGAGAAGGGUAGUGACGGACUUUCAGGGCCAUCCGGUCCAAAAGGAAUUAGGGGACCUCCUGGACUGCCCGGAUUCCCAGGAACACCAGGAAUUCCAGGUCUCCCAGGACAGGACGGGCCCCCGGGCCCAAGAGGAACUGCAGGCUGCAACGGGACUAAGGGCGAGAGAGGAUUCCCUGGAAGUCCAGGGUUCCCCGGACUGGAGGGCCGAUCGGGUCCACCUGGUCUGCCGGGACAAAAGGGAGACCCAGGUGAUGUCAUCUCAAAUGACCGCUUUGGACAGAAAGGAGGUGUAGGUUUACCUGGCUUGCCUGGAGUUCCCGGUAGCCCAGGCCUUGCAGGAUUGUCAGGCCCUGUCGGUCCACCUGGCCCCAGAGGUUAUGAGGGUCGUUCUGGGCCUCCUGGUCCUCCCGGUCCUAAGGGUAACAUGGGAUUGAACUUCCAAGGUCCCAAAGGAGAUAAGGGGGAUCCAGGUCUGCUGGGGCCUCCCGGUCCACCAGGACAGGUCGGGGAGCAGAAGAGACCCACAGAGUUAGAGAUCCAGAGAGGAGAGAAAGGUGAUCAAGGUUUACCUGGUCCAGCUGGUGAUCCUGGUUAUCCUGGUCCCCCUGGUGUAUCUGGAGGUUCGAAGGGAGAGAAAGGAGAGCCUGGAGAAGCAGGCAAYCGCGGCAAACCGGGGAAAGAUGGCGACCCAGGUCCUGCUGGAUUCCCUGGUAGUAAAGGAGACUCAGGCGGCCCAGGUCUGCCAGGUCGGGACGGUGACAGGGGGGACAAAGGUGACCGUGGAUACCCUGGACCUCCGGGCGUGGUGAUUAAUGGUCAGACAGGAGCACGUGUGGGGCCAAAAGGAGAGCCUGGUUUCCCCGGGUCAUCAGGAAGGAAAGGAGACACAGGACAACCUGGUCUCUCAGGUCCUCCAGGCCAACCAGGAACCCCAGGUAAUGGAGGUGUAGGCCAACCCGGUUCCCCAGGCUUCCCAGGAGAGAGGGGCCAGAAGGGAGACGAGGGCCAGCCAGGCAUCUCCCGCCCUGGGCCCCCAGGACGAAAUGGGUCCCCUGGGCUUCAGGGACCACCAGGCCCUCCCGGGGUCGCAGGGGUCUCCACAGGGGGCGGUAACUGUUUAGGAGGGGCCCCCGGUUUACCAGGACAACAAGGAGACAGAGGGUUUCAAGGAGAGUCCGGACAGAAAGGUGACAAGGGAGAAACCUGUGUAAACUGUUUCUCACGUGGGAAUUCCAUCACCGGGGCACCAGGCCCUCCCGGACCUCCUGGGUUCCCAGGUGGACCAGGAGGACCAGGGGCUAAAGGUGACAGAGGAUAUCCAGGUGGCCCAGGGCCCUCAGGUUCUUCUGGUUUGCCUGGUCCCCAGGGUGCACCUGGUUUCCCAGGAGAGAAGGGUGACCCAGGUGAGGCUAUUGCUGUGGAUGGGGGGAGGGGCGACAAGGGAGACACAGGGUUCCCUGGACCCUCUGGCCUGCCUGGUCUGGACGGAGGACCUGGUCGCAAUGGAGUUCCUGGAGCUCCUGGACCCAAAGGAACAUCUGGUUCUCUGUUAGUGAAGGGUGAGCGAGGGCCUCCAGGUGAGCCCGGUCUGCAGGGUAUACCAGGUGACAGGGGUGUCCCCGGAUCCCCAGGCUUCGGCCCUCAGGGGCCAUCUGGAGAGAAGGGUGUUCAGGGCGUCUCAGGGAGAACGGGAACACCUGGAGCACCAGGCACCAAAGGGGAGCCGGGCCAAACGAUAGCAGAGAAGGGACUCCCAGGACCCAGGGGACAGGAUGGAGACCCCGGUCUUCCUGGAAACCCAGGCAACCCCGGCGGGCCAGGACAGCCCGGUUUCCCCGGCUUACCAGGUGCCAAGGGCGACCCCGGCCUCUCCGGCAUUGGACUGCCAGGACCCCCCGGCGCUAAAGGAUUCCCAGGCUCAUCUGGUGUGCCAGGUGGUCCCGGAGGUCCAGGAAGACCAGGAGUGGACGGCCUCCCCGGUGAGCCAGGUGGACCUGGAGCUAAGGGAGAGCCAGGAUUCGGGUUGCCAGGUCCCCAGGGCCCUCCAGGCUUCCCUGGACCCAAAGGAUUAGCUGGACCCAAAGGAGACUCCGGUUUCCCCGGCAACCCCGGCUCGCCCGGACGUUCCGGCUUCGACGGUGGCCCUGGUGCCAAAGGUGACUCUGGUAUCCCUGGUAUAUCCGGAGCCCGUGGCCCUCCAGGUUCACCCUCCAUCGGCUCUCAGGGCAUCCCCGGCCCCAUUGGACCCCCAGGACCCAUGGGCUCUCCAGGAUACUCAGGCGCCAACGGAGAGAAGGGAGACCCCGGUUCUCCCGGCCUGGACAUUCCAGGGUUGCCAGGCGACAGAGGAAGUCCCGGUUUCCCCGGCAACCCCGGGGGAGUUGGACCACAGGGUAACCCUGGUGGCCCUGGCCGAGACGGACUUCCUGGCCUGCCUGGUGGUAAAGGAGACAUGGGUGUGAUGGGAACUCCUGGACCUCUGGGAUCCCCUGGGAACCCCGGAGCCCCCGGCUUCCCUGGACCUAAAGGUGACGAUGGUUUCCCAGGGCGACCAGGUGGGCCCGGCGGUUCAGGUUUGAAGGGAGACAGGGGAGAGCCCGGUAUCGCGGGACUCCCAGGACCCAGCAUUCCUCCCCAGGAACUGAAGGGUGGCAAGGGAGAACCAGGAGCACCAGGUUUGGGAGGACUGCCAGGUCAAAAGGGUAUCCCUGGUCUCCCUGGAGACGCUGGUAUACCAGGACAGGACGGACGACCUGGGUUGCCAGGACCUCAAGGUCCCAAAGGAGAUGCAGGUAUCCCUGGAGGAUCAGGCUCACCAGGAGGCCCAGGAGCUAAAGGCAACAUGGGAGAGAUGGGCUUCCCAGGACCCACAGGGGCGAAAGGAACUCCGGGUCAAUCAGGUCGGUCGGGUGGACCCGUAGUUCAGGAGCAUCAGGGUUCCCUGGCUAAGGGAGAGCCCGUCCCCUGGCUUGGUUCCCCAGGACUACGAGGUCCCAAGGGUGAGCCCGGUCAGUCAGGAUUCCCCGGGCAAAACGGAAUAAAAGGAACUUCCGGAACACCAGGUCUUCCAGGGUUUCCUGGCGGUCCCGGCGCCAAAGGUGACCCCGGCCUCCCAGGAUUCCAAGGUUCUUCCGGGAUUCCCGGGCCUAAGGGUCUGGAUGGUAUCCCCGGUAACCCCGGUCUCAGCGGACCACCCGGCCGACCGGGAGAGAACGGCCGUGCCGGAUCACCUGGGUUCCCAGGGGACAAGGGUCAGGCGGGUCGUGACGGAAUCCCUGGACCAGCGGGAGUCAAAGGAGACCCAGGUCUUCCUGGUUUCGGUGGCCCCGGUUCUCCUGGUCUCCCAGGAUUACCAGGUGCUAAGGGGGAUCUUGGCACCCCUGGUUCUUCCGGUAGCCCUGGCUUCCCUGGUCAGAAGGGAGAGAUGGGUUUCCCUGGCCUGCCUGGGUCCCCUGGCAGCGUUGGGCCACCUGGCGCCCCAGGUGUGGCCCUCCAGGGUCCCAAAGGUAACGCCGGCCCCCCCGGACCCCCUGGAAGAGGAGGUCCUCCUGGCUCUGAAGGUCCCCGUGGCCCUGUCGGCAGCGGUGGGACCAAAGGUGAGAAGGGAAUUUCCGGAAUUCCUGGAUCGCCUGGUUUCCCCGGAGCGAAGGGAGAAUUUGGAACGCCCGGAUUCCCGGGUAAUUCUGGCCUUCCUGGUACCAAAGGGUUGAAGGGAGACCUCGGACUGCCUGGAGUUCCCGGAUUCCCAGGACCAAAGGGAGAUUCUGGAAUCCCUGGAUCAUCUGGUCUCCCUGGAGAACCCGGAGAUGCUGGCACUYCUGGACCCCCAGGUGACCCAGGUUUUGCUCCAGCCCCCAUCGUGCUGAAGGGAGAGCGUGGCUCCCCUGGCCCUUCAGGUCUACCAGGCGGCCGUGGCGCCACAGGACCCCCCGGACUGGAGGGACUCUCAGGUCAGCCCGGUCAGCCAGGAGACCCCGGUCCUGAGGGACCCCCAGGAUUCAGUGGAGCCUCCGGSCGCAAGGGAGACCCAGGACCCGCCGGACAGCCAGGUGAGCGUGGAUAUCCCGGUCCCCCUGGUUCAGAUGGCCUGCAGGGCCCCCCAGGUCCAUCUGGAUCUGCCUCUGUGGCGCACGGCUUCCUGAUCACCAGACACAGUCAGGGCGAGGACGUCCCCAUCUGCCCAGAGGGCACCGGCCUCAUCUACGACGGCUACUCUCUGCUCUACGUACAGGGCAACGAGAGGGCACACGGACAGGACCUGGGAACUGCUGGAAGUUGCCUGCGUCGGUUCAGCACCAUGCCAUUCAUGUUCUGUAACAUCAACAACGUGUGUAACUUCGCCUCCCGUAACGACUACUCCUAUUGGCCUGUCUCUUAUACACAUCUAGAUGUGUAUAAGAGACAGAGAUACAAUAGGAGACUGUGAUUUGAUCAUGUCUGAGUGUGUGUAUUUAACCACUCCUCUAUGUGUGUGUGUUUUAGGUGUGCAGUGUGUGAGGCCCCUGCCAUGGUGAUCGCUGUACACAGUCAGACCAUUCAGAUCCCCACCUGCCCCAACUACUGGGAACCACUGUGGAUCGGAUACUCCUUCAUUAUGCACACUAGUGCUGGUGCUGAGGGUUCGGGUCAGGCUCUGGCCUCUCCRGGCUCCUGUCUAGAGGAAUUCCGGAGCGCUCCCUUCAUCGAGUGCCACGGUCGGGGGACCUGCAACUACUACGGCAACUCCUACAGCUUCUGGCUGGCCACCGUCGACCAAUCAGAAAUGUUCAGGAAGCCACAGUCGGAGACGCUGAAAGCAGGUAACCUGCGGACGCGCGUCAGCCGCUGUGUGGUCUGUAUGAAGAGGACGUAACAGCGCAGCGGCAACCGUUGCCGGGGACAACCGACAACGAACAUGGCGGCGGCGGAGGGGUGGUGAUGAUGACGUCUCCGUGACAAGGUGGAAUUCCAAUGGUGUAUUGUCUUCCGGAAACAACAACUUAAAUGGUGCUACUGUGCAACACAGCAACAAAAGAAAAAACGCUGAAAAAAUGAAUCUAUUUAGUCUUUUCUUCUUUUUUAAUACCUCAAGUACGUCAAAAAGAAACACAAAAAAAKCAUGAAAGGUGCCUUGUGUGACAAAAGUGCAUUUUAUUUUUAUCUUUUCAAAAUUUUUAUUUUGUUUCAACAACAAAAAUAUAUAUAUUUAGAUUUUCAGUACAGUACAGAGGGUGGUACAAACAUUUCAUUUUUAGACAGAUUUUUCUUUCAUUUUUUCAUUUUUUUUUUUUUUGUGUUUUACAAACGAGUGGAGUUGUCUCCGUGUUACCAAAUCGGCACUUUGACGUCGGAACAUCAAAGAGAAGAGAUGCACUGAUGAGCUUUCUUAGCGAGACUGCGUUUUUCUAGGUUUUCAUUUUUAUUAAAUCUUUCUGUUAUUCUUUCUUUUUGAUUUAGUUUUUUCUCCUUGGUGGUACUAACACUGCUGUCUCUCCCAGCCUGUUAACUCUAGGCCUCAUUUCUCUUUUUGUAAGUAAUUAAAUGUGUAUAUUAUGUAAAACACCUUUAUAGUUGUAAGACAAAACAGUUACUUAGCUAUAUUAUGAAUUUCUGGGUUGUUUUUGUUUGUUCACUCGUCUUCACUCAUUUAAUUGAUUCAUGCACUCAUUCACACACUCACGCAUUCACUCGCUCACAUAUACACUCAUUCAGAUAUUGUACAUCUAUAAAUGAAACAGUAUUAUAUAUAUAUAUAUAUAUAUAUAUAUAUAUAUAUAUAUUUAAAAAUUUAAAAAAGUAUAUAGACUAUUUGGCUGCGGGCGGGAGUUUUUUUUCCAUCAUUAUUUUUAUCUCCAAAAGGUAUUUUUUUCACAUUUCACAAAACUAUUGGCAUGACAACGAAACUGAGUAAACAGAGUUUCCCUGUCAACCAAUCAAAAACCCUAUCCUAUUAUGAUCAUGUACUGUGUAUGAUAAUGGCAAUCACUCAAGCUUUUGUAUUUGAUUUCUACUAGUAAUCUAUCGUUAACUGGGGGGUUAGAAAAUUACCCGAUUUCAUGCCAUAACAGGUUGAUAAUAAAAUCCACUCCUGGAAAUGUAUAUUAUUGAUAUUAAUUCAGAUCUUAACACUGGUCUAGGUUGUCCCACUAGGAACUAGCGUGUCAUAAGUAUGCACGUAAUGUUACGUACUGCGAGAAUAGAAUCAAAUAGAAUCUGUUCUAUUCUUUUUUUUUCUAUUCUACGGUCAACGAGGAGAGCUGUGGGGGGAUGAUUCUUCCUGUGAUGUUGUUUUUCAAAGCUUAUUUUUAAUUUGUAAUGUCACCAUGGGGUGACAUUAAUUUCAAAAAAUCUUUUUUUUGUUUUUUUUGUUAUGUUAUCCAGAAGUUGUUAUAAACUUUUAAGACUGAAAAAUAAACCCAAUGUCCAUUGUUUUGUGUGGAAACGUUUCUCCCCUAUCUUGGAAGUGCACACUUCUAGUGCACACUUAAGUGCRCUGUUCCGGUACUUCGACUAAUGUGUUUCUGUGCAUUGUCUUAUCGACAUGCCUGCAGCUCACAUAAUAAACUUGAAUCCUACAGA